AUGAAGAAGCUGACUGUGGUGCUGGUUCUGAUUGCUGCAGCCUGGGCAGAGGAGCAGAACAAGGUGGUGCAUGGUAGACCCUGUGAGGGGACUUCUCACCCCUACCAAGCUGCCCUCUACAUGUCAGGCCACUUGCUGUGCGGCGGGGUCCUCAUUCACCCACUGUGGGUCCUCACAGCUGCCCACUGCAAAAAACCGAAUCUUCAGGUCUACCUGGGGAAGCACAACCUUCAGCAAAGAGAGAGUUCCCAGGAGCAGAGCUCUGUUGUCCGGUCUGUGACCCACCCUGGCUACAAUGCUCCCACCCAUGACCAGGACAUCAUGCUGUUGCGCCUGGCACGUCCAGCCCAACUCUCUGAACACAUCCAGCCCCUGCCCCUGGAGAGGGACUGCUCAUCCAACCACACCAGCUGCCAAAUCCUGGGCUGGGGAAAGACAGCAGACGGCAGUUUCCCUGACACCAUCCAAUGUGCGUCCAUCCACCUGGUGCCCCGUGAGGAGUGUGAGCGCGCCUACCCUGACCAGAUCACCCAAAACAUGGUGUGCGCUGGGGAUGAGAAGCACGGGAAGGAUUCCUGCCAGGGUGACUCAGGGGGUCCACUAGUAUGUGGGGAUCGCCUCCGAGGCCUCGUAUCAUGGGGCAAUGUUCCCUGUGGUUCAAAGGAGAAGCCGGGAGUCUAUACCGAUGUCUGCAGAUAUGUCAAUUGGAUCCGAAGAACCAUUCAAACUAAGUAACCCUGACAUGUGACAUCCAACAACUCUUGACUUACACCCUAACUGGCUGGUUCCAGAACAUCUCUCACAAGACCUUGCCUUCCCUCCCCC